ACCCCAUAUUCUUCCUCUAUCAAUCAGUCCAAACGACCAACAACCAUGGCGAUCAAGCUUCUUGUUGCUUUGCUCUGCGUUCUCUUCUCCACCGCCGCUACACAACCGUGUUAUCCUCCGUAUCCCCAAGAGCUCAUCAAUUCAAUGGGACCCACUCUCUCACCUUCUUCUUCUUCAUUCCCUCCGACCCCAACAGCCUCAAUCGAGUCAAACCCAACGACUCCCGUCGUCCCGGCGCUCUUUGUCAUCGGAGACUCCUGUGGCACCAACAACUUCCUCGGAACCUUCGCCCGUGCCGACCGCCUCCCCUACGGGCGAGACUUCGAUACCCACCAACCCGCCGGGAGGUUCUGCAAUGGCAGAAUCCCUGUCGAUUAUCAUGCACUCCGUCUCGGGCUUCCUUUCGUACCAAGUUAUCUUGGACAGAACGGAAGAGUGGAAGAGAUGAUUCAAGGAUUGAAUUUUGCGUCUGCCGAUGCAGGAAUUAUAUUCACCAGCGGCUCAGAAUUGGGUCAACAUGUUUCCUUCAGUCAGCAAGUUCAGCAGUUCACAGACACCUAUCAGCAGUUUAUAAUAAGUUUGGGGGAGCAAGCUACAAUUGAUCUCGUCUCAAAUCUGUACUUGCCCUGGGGUUUCAAUCAGUUUUUAGCAUCCACAUUGAGGCAGGAAAUUAAUAACUUGUACAACAUAAAUGUGAUGAAGGUGGUAGUAAUGGGGCUCGCACCGAUAGGCUGUGCUCCUCACUAUUUAUCUCAGUACGGAGUGAAGGAUGGACAAUGUAUUGAGGAGAUAAACAACAUGGUAAUGGAGUUCAACUUUGUGAUGAGGUAUAUGAUCGAGGAGCUCCGCGAAGAGCUUCCCGCUACCAACAGCAUCUUCUGCGAUGUGUUUGAAGGUUCCAUGGAUAUCAUAAAGAACUUUGUGUGUUACGGUUUCAAUGAAACUACUGAUGCUUGCUGUGGGUUGGGGGAGCACAAGGGUUUUGUUAUGUGUUUAUCACCGGAUAUGGCAUGCAAUGAUGCUUCUAAUCAUGUCUGGUGGGAUCAGUUCCAUCCAACUGAUGCGGUCAAUGCCAUCCUAGCUCAUAAUGUGUGGAAUGGCCUGCACACGAAAAUGUGCUAUCCAAUCAACUUGAGGGAUAUGGUAGUAUCGAGCUCCUAUUGAUUCGAUGGAGAAGCUGCAGCAAUGGCCGUACUCUCUAUAAAACAAAGAUCAAACAGAGAAGCUCCUCGAAAUUUUUGGUACUAUACUUUCUGCAUCAACUGCUUACAACAUUAAAUCGUACAAUUCAGUAUACAAGUGACAUUACUAAAAGUGCAUUGUAUAUGUUUUUCCUUUUGGUAAUGCAAUGGGAUCCGAUUUAGAGGUAGAUGUUAUUGUCGUCUUCAUUGUCUGUUUUCAUCACGAAACUAGGAAAUGAUGUCGUGAUGUCCCUGCAUUGAAUGAAAAAUUCUAUCAGCUUCGA